AUGGCAGAUGUGGCUCUCGUGGAGAGAUGUAAAAUAAAAUCCCUUACAUGGAUGCUGUAUACUUUUGUCCUGCUUCUCUGUACACCUGAUGCAGUGAAUGGCAUAAAGCCUAAUUUUGUCUUUGUGAUGGUGGACGAUUUAGGAAUUGGGGACCUUGUAUGCUACGGAAACACAACCCUCGGGAUGCCUAACAUUGACAUGCUGACCUCAGAAGGAGUGAAACUGACCCAACACAAUGCUGCUCCGCUCUGCACUCCCAGCAGGGCGGCCUUCCUCACAGGCAGAUACCCCAUCUGAUCAGGUAUGGCUGGACAUGGCCGUUUGGGAGUGAAUCUCAUUACUGCAUCGUCAGGAGGUCUUCCACGUGAGGAAAUCACCUUUACCAGGGCCGCCAAAGAGCAAGGCUAUGCCACUUCUAUAAUUGGAAAAUGGCACCUGGGUCUCCACUGUGAAGAUAGUGCCGACAACUGUCACCAUCCUACCUCACAUGGCUUUGACCACUUCUACGGUAGCAUUAUGACUAACCUUUGGGACUGCCAGUUUGGACAUGGCUCUGUCACUCACAUUCCCUACAAGGCCCUUAGUAUUGGUCCAGUCACCCUGACUUUGCUCCAUAUUAUAGGGUAUAGGGUAAUGAUAACUGUGCCCAGGAAAGUAGUUUUUGGUUUUCUGGUCCUGGUAGUGAGUCUCUUUUGGCUAAUGUUGUACACAUUCGCCAAUUUAAAUUGCUUUCUCAUGAGAGGGAUUGUGGAGCAACCAUAUGCAUCAGAGAACCUCACAUAGAAGAUGACCAAUGAGGCGAUAGAGUUUCUGGAAAGUCUGACUUUACUGUCUCGUUGCUUUUCCUUAGGUCAGAUCAUGAAUACUCUGAAGUGCUUAAAAUUGAAGGAAAACACUCUAGUGUUCCUGACCUCAGAUCAGGGGCCCCACCUGGAAGAGAUUUCCAUCCAUGGAGAGGUGCACAGGGGUUGUAGCGGCACAUACAAAGCUGGCAAGUCAACCAAUAGGGAAGGUGGGAUUCAGGUACCGUAGAUUCUUCAUUGGCCAGGUGUCUUAAUUGCAGGGAAGGUCAUUGAUGAGCUCUCUAGCAACAUGGAUCUUUUCCCCACAGUGCUGAAAUUAGUUGGUACAUCUGUACCAGCUUCUAGAGUACUCGCAGUGCUUUGCUGCUUGUUUGGCCAUUAUCUCUUGCCCCUGGUGCAAGGGCAAGUGGAGCGUUCUGAGCAUGAAUUUAUGUUCCAUUACUGCAAUGCCCACCUGAACGCAGUGAGAUGGCACCCAUAUGACAGUAGCGCAAUCUGGAAGGCCUUUUACCUUUAUGGCAUGUCGAGGGCCUCCUCAGAGAGCACCCCCCUGACCCCAGACACUGAGCCCAAAUUCUACUCCAUUCUAGAGGCUAUAAGGGCAGCAGUAAUCCAUCAUACACCGAGUUUAAAGCCUGUCGCAGCACACAUUUCAGCUCAACACCUGGUUUGGAAGCCCUGGCUCCAGCCCUGCUGCUCUUCUCUCAGUCAGCUUUGCAAGUGUGAAUGAGAUCAACAGAUAGGUCAGCCAAGACAUGAGAAGAAGCUUAAAAAAAAAUAG